CUCUCUCUCUCUCUCUCUCUCUCUCCUCAAAUCCCUAAUUCGAUCACAUCGCCCCCAAAAUCACAUCGCGUUCGCACGAAUUAGGCCCCAAUUUCGCCGCAUCGAGGCGUAGAUUUCGUCGAUUAAUCGGGGGAUUGGUAAGAAACUGCAUUGCGCUGUCGUUUACGCGGCAAAUGGUCGGACUUGUUGAUGGAUAGGAAGAGACGGAGAUGGAAAUCUCUGCUCUGCUUACGUCCGCCGGCAUAAACAUCGGCCUGUGCUUGCUAUUCUUGUCGCUGUACUCGGUCUUGCGGAAGCAGCCGGGGAAUGUGAAUGUGUACUUUGGGCGGAGACUCGCCCAAGAGCAUAGCAGGCUCCAGGACCCGUUCACCUUGGAGCGAUUAGUGCCUUCGCCGACCUGGAUAGUAAAAGCAUGGCAGUUCACGGAAGAUGAGAUCCUCCAGGCUGCUGGUUUGGACGCUGUGGUGUUCCUCCGGAUACUCGUUUUUAGCAUACGUAUCUUCUCUAUAGCUGCUUUCGUUUGUGCGUUUGGGGUACUUCCUGUUAAUUAUUUUGGACAAGAAAUGCGUCACAAACAUAUUCCUUCAGAACCAUUGGAUGUAUUUACCAUCGCAAAUGUCAAAGAUGGGUCAAGAUGGCUUUGGGUUCAUUGCCUUGCACUGUACAUAAUAACUUGCUCAGCAUGUAUUCUUCUUUACUACGAGUACAAAAGAAUUUCCAGAAUGAGGCUUGCUCACAUAACUAAAUCUCCUCCGAAUCCUAGCCAUUUUUCAGUUCUGGUUCGUGCCAUCCCAAAGUCGAAAAAUGAACAGUUUGGAGAUAUUAUCAGAAACUUCUUUGUUAAUUAUCAUGGAUCGAGUUACUUGUCGCACCAAAUGAUAUACCGAAGUGGGAAAGUUCAGUUAAUUAUGUCUAAUGCAGAGAAGGUUUAUAAGAAGUUUGUACGCCUAAAGCUCACUGCUUUUGAUCAGAAUGGCAAACCCAGCAUAUAUAGAUGUGGACUUUGUGGAGGAAAACCUAAUAAUUUUCACCUCUACCGUAACGAAUUUGAGUUUGACUCUAAAAAGACAGACUGUACCAGCUCAGAUAUAAUCAGUGAGCAAAAGGACUGUUCAGCUGCUUUUGUAUUCUUCAAGACACGCUAUGCAGCAAUCGUUGCUUCACAAGUUCUUCAAUCAUCGAAUCCCAUGUUAUGGGUGACGAAUUUGGCACCAGAGCCGAAUGAUGUCUAUUGGUCAAACCUUUGGAUUCCGUACAGACAGCUUUGGAUCCGUCGUAUAUUAACUCUCGUAGCCAGUGUCGUUUUCAUGUUUGUGUUUCUUAUUCCCGUCACAUUUGUGCAAGGUCUAACCCAUCUGGACCAAUUGCAGCAACUCUUCCCAUUUUUUAAAGGUAUAUUCAAGAAGCCUUUGGUUAUCAAGGUUGUGUCAGGCUAUCUACCAAGUGUCAUUUUGCUCUUAUUUUUCUACACCGUUCCUCCGAUGAUGAUGCUAUUUUCUGCUGUGGAAGGACCUAUUUCUCACAGUGGGAGGAAAAAGAGCGCGUGCUGCAAAGUAUUAUACUUCACCAUUUGGAAUGUCUUUUUCGUAAAUGUCUUAUCUGGUUCUGUCAUUAACCAGCUGAAUGCCAUCUCCAGACCCAAAGACAUACCCUCCCAGCUUGCUGAAGCUGUACCCAAGCAGGCAACAUUUUUCAUUACUUACGUUCUAACGUCUGGCUGGGCAAGUUUAUGUUCUGAGAUUAUGCAAGUCUUUUCACUAACCUAUAACUUUGUGACAAAAUAUAUACUUCGAUGUAAGGAUGAUCCAGACUCAAUUCCAUCCUUUCCAUAUCACACUGAAGUUCCAAAGGUUCUCUUGUUUGGUUUGCUUGGUUUCACCUGUUCCAUAUUGGCACCUCUGAUACUCCCUUUUCUGCUCAUAUACUUCUGUCUUGGUUAUGUGGUGUAUCGCAACCAGAUUCUGAAUGUCUACUGCUCCAAAUACGAGACAGUGGGAAGAAUAUGGCCCAUAGUGCAUAACACCACUGUGUUCUCUCUACUGCUUACCCAGAUCAUAGCCAUCGGGGUUUUCGGCAUAAAGCAUUCCUCAGUAGCUUUGGCUUUCACCAUUCUUCUACUGAUCUUUACAAUCCUUUUCAGCGAGUACUGUAGGCAACGCUUUUAUCCCAUAUUCAGGAGCUUCUCUGCACAGGAUCUCAUUGAUAUGGACAGAGAAGAUGAGCAGUCCGGGAAAAUGGAGGAAAUUCACCAGCAACUACUCACCGCCUACUGCCAGUUCUCUCCUAUGAAAGCCACUUCUAACUUUUGCAGCGACAUCUCGACGAACGGCGAAGCAUCCGGAGAGAUCACUAGCAAAGAUUAACAGGUAUUCGAUAGCGAACCUAAGCAAAAGACUCUUCAAUACUAUGUGAAUGAUUUUAUCUGCAGAUAAUCUUUCAUUUGUUCCCCUAGUUUCUCUUACUCACUUCUGUAAUCAUCUGUUCUUUGCAAUACUAUUGGGCUAGAAAUGAAUGUAAAUUCAAACAUGUUAGGAGGUGACAAGCUCAUUAAAAGAAUGAGUUAAAGAAUCAAUAUUUCAUCAAUCCAAACAAUGUCCAAACAAUUUGUUGCUAAUAAGUAAUGCAUGUAUAUAGCAAGAU